AUGACAGCUACUCAGAAGCACACCCUCUUCUCACCAGAACCUCACUAUAUCCCUGGCUAUGCCGGCUUCUACCCACAGCUUCGCUACCAGGUGGGGAACACCUAUGGGCGCACUACAGCGCAGCUGCUCACGGACCCCAGUGUGCGGAAGAGCCCCUGCUCUGUGCUGUCCCCCAUAGCCGAGCCCAAGUUCACUGAGGACUUCAGCCAGCCCAAGCCGCCUUUUAUGCCCUGCCGUGAGCUGACGGAGCCCUACAUCCCCCACUACAGCGGUCUGAAGCCCUACAAGAACGUUGAGAUCCUGGACCGUUUUCCACCCCAGGAGGUGGAUGCCCAGGGGCCGCUGGGGGUAGAGAAUGCAUCCAGGCGAGUCCCGCUGCCUGCAGGCUUCAUGCCCUAUCCCCCUUACCCGCCCUGCCCGCCGGGCAGGAAGGGGGCCUCCAGGGACCUUGGACACCCAGGCCUGCAGUUAGCAUUAGGGGAAGAGGCGUGGAAGAGCACCACCCCUGCCCGCAAAGCCCCAGGGCAGCACCAGCUGCACCACUGCAGGAGGGAUGAGUACCCACCCCCGGCCCACCAGCAGGAGACACUAGAUGUGGGCAGGUUCCACAGGCUGCCCCAGCUGGACCACCCCAACCUGAUCCAGCGCAAGGCCAUCUCAGGUUAUGCUGGCUUUGUCCCUCGGUUCGCCUGGGUGAUGGGGAUGAAUUACCGUGAUGGUGUCACACAGGCUAUGGACGAGUUCGACAAGAGCCAGUUCCUGCUCAGAAACCCCAUCUGUGCCCUGGGCGAGAGGCUGCCCGGAACGCAGUGGCCUAGCAACACUGUCUACAGAAGCCAGGGCCUCAUCCCUUUCUACAUGGGCUUCAUACCCUCCAUGCAGGACCACUACGCCCUGACGUUCGGGGAAAGCACCCGCAAGGCCUAUCAGAAGGAACUGGAGAGGCGGAGCCGGACACUAUGA